AGAUACGAACGAGACAAGACGUACUAAAAUUUCGUCCUUUGAGAAAAUCGAAAAUUAAAUUAAAUUUCUCAUAAAAAAAUAAAUAAUAAUACAGGAAAUAUUGAAAAUAUGCUUCGUGCAAUGUAAAGUUUAAAAGAAUGACCACAAUUGAAACUAUAAUGGAAUAUGGUGAAAAUGGUAUAAAUUUAACAAAUAAAACUGGUUUUGAUGACCCUAAAACGAAUCAAAUCUUUACUGAUAAGACUACAAGAAUAUGCUUGAUUGCCGCUUAUACUUUUGUAUUUCUUUGUUGUUUUUUCGGUAAUUUCUUAGUGAUUAUCGUCGUCGUUUUACAUAGAAGAAUGAAGACUGUGACGAAUUUUUUCUUAACUAAUUUAGCAUUUGCUGACCUUUGCGUUGGAUUAUUUUGCGUUUAUCAAAAUUUAUCGUUAUAUCUGAGCACAAAUUGGGCAUUUGGUGAUUUUUUGUGUAGAAUGUAUCAUUUUAUACAAACUUUAAGUUAUACAGCUUCUAUAACGAUUCUGACCAUUAUUUGUGUCGAGAGAUAUUUAGCCAUUAUACAUCCAAUAUGGAGUAAACAAGUAUUAACUCUUAGAAGAUUGAAAAUUGUCAUAGUAUUUGCUUGGUUAUUAUGUGGAAUAUACUGUAGCCCUCGACUCGUUAUGUAUGGUGUUAUAACAGUGUAUAAUAAUACAACUAGAGACGAUGAAAAUAUUUGCAUAAUGAAGAGAAGUUUGUACGAUUCAAAAACAUAUGAUUUAAUUAACUUCGUUGUAUGUUUUUUAACACCACUUUUAAUUAUUUCAGUUCUAUAUUUUAUAAUUUGUUUAAGGUUAUGGACUAGUAAAGUUGUCGUUACUUACAAAGAAGGAACGAGUAAAAAGUUCUUCGAGGAUUCCAUAGAAGAAACUGAGUUUUCUUCGGAAGCUUCCACUAAAUAUACUCAUAAUCAUUCCACUAUUCGAAAGAAUAAUUCUUCCAUGAUCAUAGAAGAUCGUAGAGUAAGAAAUAAAUCAGUUUUAAGGAUCAGAAAGAGAGUUAUAAGGUUAUUAGUUAUAGUUGUCUUAGCAUUCGCAAUCAGCAAUUUACCAUUUCAUGCUAGAAAACUAUGGCAAGGAUGGUCUUCGAGUUUCAAAGGUACUACUUAUUCAUCUUUUACAUUUACUAUAGUUACAACAUUAAUAUUUUAUAUGAAUUCUGGUAUAAAUCCUAUUAUUUAUGCUUUCAUGUCAAAGAAUUUUAGAAAAUGUAUGGUUGACGUGUUAUUAUGUCGAGUGGUAAAGGGUUUACCUAAAAAUAAAGCAAUCAAUUUAACAGAUCGUAAGACGUGUUCGUGGAAAACUUUUUUGACUAUAAGCUUCCAAGCCGAUGGUAAUUAUGAAGUAAUUGUCAAUGUGGUUUUAAUAGAGACUGAAGAACGUAUUGGUACUUCCGGAACUGGAACUGUUUCGACACUAUGUGAAAUUGUUUUUAUUAGUUUCGAGUCCGAAGCGGAUCCACCUCUAACUCUAGAUUGUUCGAAAUUAGAAGGUACCACUGUUCAUUUGUCCUUUAUGUUAGAUGUAUACAAAAUACAAUAA